GAGCUUGUUAGUGCUCACGCCCGUACCUGUUUGCUCGCACAGAGACAGAUACACCUGUCGACACCAGUCGCAGGGACAAACUAGUCGGAGACUCUCAACUGAGCUGGGUGGACAUUUCUCUGCUGGAUUUAAAGUGAAAGCAGGUGGCCUGUAAAGAUAACAGAGCAAAGAAGAGAGAGAAACGUCUAGAACAAACAUGGCACAAAAGGGAGAAAAAGCAUCUGUGUUCCGUACCACCAAAGUGCGUACCAGGAUCAGGGGAGACAACAGCUGGUUGCAGCGCGGCACUAGCACUGAUGAUGAGACCGAAAUCAACAAGGAGAAACCAUGGUUAGCAGAAGUAAGGGCCGGCCGUUUGAACGGACCCACUACUGUUGAGACCAGUUCAGUGAAGUCACCAACACAAUCCAUUCCGUCGCCAACCAAGCCAGAUGCUGAAAGAGCACCACAGUCAGGAUACAUAAUUAGAGGUGUUUUCACUAAACUAGACAAGCCUGCUUCAUCCUCAACGACUAAUGGCGUUAGUGGAACAACGACACGAUUCACCAAAAAGUCUUCAGAGACCUACAAGAAAAUAGCCCCCUACACUGUGAAGACCGCCGUAGACAACCAGGAGAGCCAGCUUAGCACCGAGGAGCAGGAGAAACGGACGGAGGCAGCCAGCAAUGUUGUGAAGCAAUCUGCAGUCAGGCAACGGUCAUAUGUGCUUUCUGCUGCCAAGAAAUUUGAGGCUCAAGAAACGGAGUCCGACACCUCAGUGGUCAACAGCAGUCCAGCAUUUGUGGCUAAAAGGGUGGAGAUUGCUGAUGAAGAUGAGAGCGCUGCGACUCCGGCACCUGCCAGCACUCCGCCCCCUGUCGUCCCUGUCACAGCUGUUGCCUCCACUCCCGAGCCCAAACCAUGGGAAAUAGUUGACACCAGCGUUAAGACAACUGUUGAAGUCGCUGUUAAUGAGCCGGUGGCACCAAAGGUGGAGGAGGAGGAGACCGCCCCAGAGUCUGCGGAGGAUGACCCCUCUCCAGUGUCUGUCGUUGUAAAAGACCCAUUUGAAGGCAUGACACCAGGGUGCACCAAGGUGGCCACUCCUCUCCCUGUAUUCCUCCCAGAGUUUGUUCAAGCAGUCCACGCAGAGCCAGAACCAGAGGAUUCAGACUUUUCUGGGCAAGUUAACGUCACUCUGGUUGAAAUCGCUCCAGUGUCACCAACCCCAGUGUCACCUACUCCAGAACCCCCUGCCCCGGCUUCACGUGCGCUACUUUCACCUGCCCCACUUUCACCUGCCCCAGUGUCUGCUGUAACAGAGAUCACAGUGAAGACUGAACCUGAACCAGAACGGCCAGUACCAGCACCAAGACCGUCUCCAAAGCCACAAUCCGAUGUUGACACGCUCAGCGCCUUGUCCGACACUCUCCUUUCUUUCGGCACAAGUUCAACCAGCUUUAAGGAUGAUGAGCCAGUGCAGGCAGAGGAAGAAGGAAGCUCAGCAGCGGACAGUCACACCGCAGAGGACAGUGCUGAAGAGGAGCCAGGUCCAGAGCUCAGCAACUGUAUACCAUUGACAGACGAUCUCCUGGCUCUCUCUGACGGUCCAGAGGAGUCAGCAGAUCCCGUUCCCCCCAGCCCAGGACGCUGGAGUCAGGAUCUGCUUAGCGGACUAGACAGUGAGUCAAACCCUGUAAAGACCAGUGGCGCCCUGGAUCUCCUGGCUGGCGGUGUCAUUCCAAUCAACACAGAGGCACGCAGCCUCAGUUUGCAGCGAGAGGAGGAGGAGAAGACGACACAUGAGACAGUCAAAGAAACACAAAGCCUCACAGAGACAGUCACUAUAACCACCAAAACUGUGAUCAUUACUGACGAAAGCCAAGAGGACAGCGUAGAUCCAUGGAGCUCACAGUCACAUGUGACGACCACCACAUUCACUGAAUCAAGCUCGGCUGAUCCGUUUGAUCCAUAUCCGAUAGGGACCACAUCCUCUAACAGCUCCUCUGACCUGCUCCAGCCUCUCUCUGAUAUUUCCAUCAACAGUGCAUCAACUACUUAUAUGGAGAACAAAGAUCCAAGUCCAGUAACCAAUAAUCCGUUGGAAUCCCUUGCAGACGACGUCAUCCCUAUCAACACUGACACCACAAGUCUCAGCUCUCAUCGGUCAUGGGCACACUCAUGGGAAACCAGCCCCCCCGAGCAGGCAGACACAGAAGAGAGCCAAGAAGCUGCACCGGGAGGCCAAACUGUAAAUCAAGAGACGCUGGUCAAGUUUGAGAGAAAGUCCUCUGAGAAUGACUCCCCAUGGGACAGGUGGACAUCACCCACUGUCUAUACUAUCACCACCAUUACAGGAGAGGAGGAGGAGGAGGAGGAAGAGGAGGAGGAGGAGGAGGAGGAAAGCGCCGGGUACACACAGACACAGACGGAGACGGUCACAACCACCACCACCUUCAGGGAGAUGCACAGUGACCCGCAGCCCGCUAUGGAUCGUUAUGAAACCUAUUCCAGGACCGUGACAGAGGAAGACCAGCGUGUCCAGACACCAGAACCUGAGGCCAAGAAGGGGUUUGUGUACGUGAAGGAGUACGUCAACGCAACAGAGCUGUCCUUGCAUAAUGCCAGAGACCUAAACGAUGGUGGGUCAGAUUAUUUGACAUCAAGCUCCACCAGUUACUCUUACAGCAGCCCCUCCUCUUACUCCAGCGGCCAGCUGUCAUCCUCCUGCAACUUCUGCGGAGAGCCAGUGGGCAAUGAUGCCAAGAUCACCAUCGAGCACCUCAAUAUCAACUGCCACCCCGACUGCUUCAAGUGCGGUGUGUGUAGCAAGCCGAUGGGAGACCUCCUUGACAGCAUGUUCCUACACGAUGGGAAAGUCCACUGCGAGAACUGCUACAGCAAUACCUUGGACUGAUUAUCCUCAGCAGCCUCUUAUCCUCGUCCCCUUCCCUUCAUGUUCAUUUGCAUAUAAAGUGAGUGAGAACUGGUCUUUCACAUAGUUUGAACUGUGUUCGGUUUGAACUCAGGAAUGAUGUGGUUUAAGGGUGAUCAAAAAGGUCGCUAUACAGAACAAUAUGACUAUUUAAUGUUGAUUCUUUCUAAUUUCUCGAACAUGUUAUACAAGCUUGUGUUGUUUUAUUUUCCUGGUGGUGAAAGCUGUAUCUGCCUCAGUAAACUAUGAAGGAUGCGUGUUAUGAACAGACUUAAUACUGGCAAGUGGGGUGCAACAUUAUAAUUUAGCAACAGUCGUUAUACAAGAUACUUUAUUACAAAAUGUUUACUUCUUUUGCUCUUGUUACAAAAUAGUGUGUUCACAUGUAUGAUGCUUUGUUAAAAAAAUAAAAUGAUUUAUAUAAUCCUGUUAUAAAUAUGUGAUG